AGAAUUUCUAUAACUCAAUCAAAAGCUUAAAAACAUGAAGCUCCUUCUAAUUUCUAUGGUUCUGAUCGGUUGCUCUUUUCUUCAGCUCACCAUGGCUGCACUUCCACCUACUGCACCACCCACCAUUAAUCCAACACCUAGCGACUGCGAUUUGAAAUGCGGGCAAAGGUGUGCGGCUGCAGGAUAUGAGGAUAGAUGCUUGAAGUAUUGUGGGAUAUGCUGCGAACAAUGCAAGUGCGUACCUUCGGGAACUUAUGGCAAUAAAUCAGAAUGCCCUUGUUAUCGAGACAAGAAAAACUCCAAGGGCACCUCCAAAUGCCCUUAAAUUUAUGUUUGCUUCUUCGUAUAAUCACUUAUAUAUGCAAUUGUAAUAAAAUUUAGUGAAUUUAUAAUAAAAUAUCGAAAUUACUUUCGUAA